GGGCAUCGCUGGUAGAACGCUAGUGUAAACAGCCCGGCAACCCGGUGGGCUGGGGAAGUGGGCGGCGCGUGUUCUCCGCGGGGAGCAGGGAUGCCGGGGCCGGGCCGGGCUCCCCCGCAUUUAGAGACCGCUCUCUGACCCCCCCACCCCCCACCGGGAUUUUCGAUGCCGGCGGGAGCCGCGAGAAGCGCCAUUGUGAUGCCGGUGGGAGGGGUGGAGCCACCCAGCCCUGUCUCAAUUUAGACUUCUCACUCCGCUUUUAGGCGCGCCCAUUUCAGAUUGCUAAACUCCAGAGUCAGGGGAAAAAAAAGCGGGGAGGAGGUGGAAAGCCACACCCCGCGGCGCCCGCGAAUUUCCCCAGGAGCCGACGGUGGCCCAGGCAGACGCGGCCGAGAUGCGGGGCUGGGGGCUCCUGACCGCCGCCCACCUCGUGUGCGUGUGGACCUCGGUGCUGGCCGCGGCCCCCGGGCCUAGGUUUCUGGUGACGGCCCCAGGGAUUGUCAGGCCUGGAGGAAAUGUAACCAUUGGGGUUGAUCUUCUGGAACACAGCCCCCCCCAGGUCACUGUGAAGGCAGAGUUGGUCAAGAUGGCAGCCAACCUCACGGUCUCUGUCCUGGAAGCAGAAGGAGUUUUUGAAAAAGGCUCUUUCAAGACACUUACUCUUCCAUCACUCCCUCUGAACAGUGCAGAUGGGAUCUAUGAGCUGCGUGUAACUGGAUGGGCCCAGGAUGAGAUUUUAUUCUCUAAUAGUACGCGUUUAUCAUUUGAGACCAAGAGAAUGACUGUCUUCAUUCAAACAGACAAGUCUCUGUACAAGCCAAAGCAGGAAGUGAAGUUUCGUAUUGUUACACUCUUCUCAGAUUUUAAACCUUAUAAAACUUCUUUAAACAUUCUCAUUAAGGACCCCAAGUCAAAUUUGAUCCAGCAGUGGUUGUCAGAACGAAGUGAUCUCGGCGUGGUUUCCAAAACUUUUCAAUUAUCUUCCCACCCAAUACUUGGUGACUGGUCCAUUCAAGUUCAAGUGAAUGACCAGACAUAUUAUCAAUCAUUUCAGGUUUCAGAAUAUGUACUACCCAAAUUUGAAGUUACUUUGCAGACACCAUUAUAUUGUUCUUUGAAUUCUAGGAGCUUAAAUGGUACUGUCACAGCAAAGUAUACGUAUGGGAAGCCCGUGAAAGGAGAUGUAACACUUACAUUUUUACCUUUAUCCUUUUGGGGCAUGAAGAAAAAUAUUACAAAAAAUUUUAAGAUAAAUGGAUCUGCAAACUUCUCUUUUAAUGAUGAAGAGAUGAAAAAAGUAAUGGAUUUUUCAGAAGGGCUUUCUGAACACAUGUAUCUGUCUUCCCCUGGGCCGGUAGAAAUUUUAGCCACAGUGACAGAAUCACUUACAGGUAUCUCAAGAAAUGCAAGUUCUAAUGUAUUUUUCAAGCAACAUGAUUACAUCAUUGAAUUUUUUGAUUAUGCUACUGUCUUGAAGCCAUCUCUCAACUUCACAGCCACUGUGAAGGUAGCCCGUGCUGAUGGCAAUCAACUGACUUUUGAAGAAAGAAGAAAUAAUGUAGUUAUAACAGUGACACAGAAAAAUUCUUCUGAGUACUGGAACAGAUGGAAUAGCAGAAAUCAGGAAACAGGAGCUGUCCAGAUCAUAAAUUAUACCCUCCCCCAAAAUGGAAUCUUUAAGAUUGAAUUCCCAAUCUUGGAUGAUUCCAAUGAGCUACAGUUGAAGGCUUCUUUUCUUAAUAGUGUGAGUAGCAUGGCAGUUCAUGGUAUGUUUAAGUCUCCCAGUCAAACAUACAUCCAGCUAAAGACAAGAGAUGAGAAUGUAAAGGUGGGAUCACCUUUUGAGUUGGUGGUUAGUGGCAAUAAGCAAUUGAAGGAGUUAAGCUACAUGGUCGUAUCCAGGGGACGGUUGGUGGCUGUAGGCAAGCAAAAUUCAACAACCUUCUCUUUAACACCAGAAAAUUCUUGGGCUCCAAAAGCCUGCAUUAUUGUGUAUUAUAUUGAGGAUGAUGGGGAAAUUAUAAAUGAUGUUCUAAAAAUCCCUGUUCAGCUUGUUUUUAAAAAUAAGAUAAAGCUAUUUUGGAGUAAAACUCAGGCUGAACCAUCUGAGAGAGUCUCUCUUAGGAUCUCCGUAACACAGCCAGACUCAACUGUUGGGAUUGUAGCCGUUGACAAAAGUGUGAAUCUGAUGAAUGUCUCAAAUGAUAUUACAAUGGAAAAUGUGGUCCAUGAGCUGGAACUUUAUAACACUGGCUAUUAUUUAGGCAUGUUCAUGAAUUCUUUUGCCGUUUUUCAGGAAUGUGGCCUCUGGGUAUUGACGGAUGCAAAACUUUUGAAGGAUUACAUUGAUGGUGUUUAUGACAGUGUUGAAUUUCUCGAGAGGUUUGCGGAGGAAACUGAAGGAUACUUGGUAGAUUUUCAUGACUUCUCUUCGGUUAGUAACCCACGUAUCAGAAAGCAUUUUCCAGAGACGUGGAUUUGGCUAGACACCAACAUGGGUUCUAGGAUUUACCAAGAAUUUGAGGUUACUGUGCCUGAUUCUAUCACUUCUUGGGUGGCCACUGCUUUCGUGAUCUCUGAAGAUUUAGGUCUUGGACUAACAAGUUCUCCAGUGGAGCUACAAGCCUUCCAACCAUUUUUCAUAUUUUUGAAUCUUCCCUACUCUGUUAUCAGAGGUGAAGAAUUUGCUUUGGAAGUAACCAUAUUCAAUUAUUUGAAAGAAGCCACUGAGGUUAAAGUAAUCAUUGAGAAAAGUGACGAAUUUGAUAUUCUAAUGACUUCAAAUGAAAUAAAUGCCACAGGACACCAGCAGACCAUUCUGGUUCCCAGUGAGGAUGGGGCAACUGUUCUUUUUCCAGUCAAACCCACACAUCUGGGGGAAAUUCCUAUCACAGUCACAGCUAUUUCUCCUGCUGCUUCUGAUGCUGUCACCCAGAGGAUUUUAGUCAAGGCUGAAGGAAUAGAAAAAUCAUAUUCACAAUCCAUCUUGUUAGACUUGACUGACAACAAGUUACAAACUCUCCUGAAAACUCUGAGUUUCUCAUUUCCUCCCAACACAGUGAGUGGUAGUGAACGAGUUCAGAUCACUGCUAUUGGAGAUAUCCUCGGUUCUUCCAUCAAUGGCUUAGCCUCACUGAUUCGGAUGCCUUAUGGCUGUGGUGAACAGAACAUGAUAAAUUUUGCUCCCAAUAUUUAUGUUUUGGGUUACCUGACUAAAAAGAGACAACUGACGGAAGACUUAAAAGAAAAAGCCCUUUCAUUUAUGAGGCAAGGUUACCAGAGAGAACUUCUCUAUCAGAGGGAAGAUGGCUCUUUCAGUGCUUUUGGGAAUGAUGACCCUUCUGGGAGCACUUGGUUGUCAGCUUUUGUUUUAAGAUGUUUCCUUGAAGCUGAUCCUUACAUAGAUAUUGAUCAGAAUGUGUUACACAGAACAUAUACGUGGCUCAAAGGACGUCAGAAAUCCAAUGGUGAAUUUUGGGAGCCGGGAAGAGUGAUCCACAGUGAGCUUCAAGGUGGCAAUAAAAGUCCAGUAACGCUUACAGCUUAUAUUGUGACUUCUCUCCUGGGAUAUAAAAAGUAUCAGCCUAAUAUUGAUGUGCAAGAGUCUAUCAACUUUUUGGAGUCUGAAUUUAAUAGAGGAAUUUCAGACAAUUAUACUUUAGCUCUUAUAACUUAUGCACUGUCAUCCGUGGGGAGCCCUAAAGCCAAGGAAGCUUUGAAUAUGCUGACUUGGAGAGCAGAACAAGAAGGAGGCAUGCAAUUCUGGGUAUCAUCAGAGCCUAAACUUUCUGAAUCCUGGCAGCCACGUUCCUUGGAUAUCGAGGUUGCGGCCUAUGCGCUGCUCUCACACUUCCUGCAGUCUCAGGUGUCUGAGGGAAUCCCAAUUAUGAGGUGGCUCAGCAGCCAAAGAAAUAGCUUGGGAGGUUUUGCAUCUACCCAGGACACCGUUGUAGCCUUGAAGGCCCUAUCUGAAUUUGCAGCCCUAAUGAACACAGACAGGACCAACAUCCAAGUGACUGUGACGGGGCCCAGUUCACCAAGUCCUGUAAAGUUUCGGAUUGACACACAGAACCACUUUCUCCUCCAGACAUCAGAGCUUGCUGUGGCUCAGCCAAUUGCUGUUAAUAUUUCCGCAAGUGGUGUUGGAUUUGCUAUUUGUCAGUUUAAUGUUAUUUACAAUGUGAAAGAUUCGGGUUCCCCAAGAAGACGGAGAUCUAUUCAAGACCAAGAAGCUUUUGAUUUAGACGUUGCUGUAAAAGACAAUAAAGAUGAUACUAAUCACUUGAAUUUGAAUGUGUGCACAAGGUUUUUGGGCCCAGCUAGAAGCGGCAUGGCCCUGAUGGAAGUGAACCUGCUCAGUGGUUUCACCGUGCCUUCGGACGCAAUUCCUCUGAGCGAGACUGUGAGGAAAGUGGAACAUGAUCAUGGAAAAGUCAACCUAUAUUUAGAUUCUGUAAAUGAAACCCAGAUUUGUGUGGAUAUUCCUGCUGUGAGAAACUUUAAAGUUUCAAAUACGCAAGAUGCUUUGGUGUCCAUCACAGAUUACUAUGAACCGAGGAGACACACGGUGAGGAGUUACAACUCGGAAGUGAAGCUGUCCUCUUGUGACCUCUGUGCGGACGUUCACGGCUGCGGUCCUUGCGAGAGAGGAGCUGCGGCCUCCCUUUAUCCCGCUUCGGCCAUCGUGGUGCUCGGGGUCGCGCUGCUGUUCUCUUUGCAGUGUGGGCUGUGAUUCAUUUUUUAAGGACUCCAUGGAACAUGGACAUUUCCAGAAGUCACACGUCUUGUUUUCGUUAUCAAGUAUUGCCUCUGUUCUUGAAAAACAAUUUUUUUUUCUCUUUGUGGGGUUGUGGGGGAUGGUGCACAACAGGUCCUAGAGGCAUAGAUGUCAUCACUGACUUCUGUGUGGAACAGAAUCUCAGAGUUUCGCAGUCGUGUGUCUUUAUUUCCCCCUCUUAAAAAUCGUUCAGGAGUGUUUCAUGGAGGUGUUGUUUUCCCAGAAUAAAUGCGUUAUUUUAGAUUAGUUAUUCUUUUUAUUUUCUAGAAGAAAUGAGCCUGGGUUCUUAAGCAUUACUAUACAGCGGUGUUGGCUUUAGCAUUAAAGACAGAUGUCUGGGAACUGGGAGGCACCAACCAGAGGAGGAGUUUGCUCUGUUCCCUUCCUACAUCUACCCACCUCUGCCCUCCCCCAUGCCUCACCCCCAGUGGUCUCAGUCUAUCCUUCAUAAAUAAUAUUCUUCUUCCUUUUUAGUGGGGGGUGAAUUUUUUUUUUAAGCCAAGUGUUUUGUUUUGUUUUGUUUUGUUUUGUUUCACUCCAAUUGUAAUCUCAUCCUCCAACCUUUACCCUUCCUGUUUUUCUCCUGGAGAGAAGGAGAAAGGGAAUGUGUGAUUCAGAGCUGGAGGAGUGUACGGAAAACUGCCCUAAGGAGUCGUGGGUGCCCUGCCUUCCCUCUCCCUCAGCCCCACACAUCGGCUCUGGUUCUGGGAUGAGAGUCCGAGGCCAUGGCAGAAUGUGCCUGAGACCAGAAGAUGCGGCUUUGUUAGCAAUGGGGGACGAUUAACCAGGGCACACGAUACUAUCGAAGACGGACAGGCUGACUCCCUGUGGUCUGGGCAAGAAGCUGGGGCUUGGCAGGGACUGAGAGAGGUGAACAUGACUGCUGACCUCAGGUAUGGUUGGGGGUUACCAGGAGUCCUGUAAAAGCUCUUCUAGGCUCAGGUGUCUGAGCGUCAGACAGCCGGCUGUCUGGCGUGAAUGCUUGUGUGAAUCUUUAAGAUUUCUGAACUUUGAGCACCUGGAUAAUUGGUUACCCUGUAUUCUAAAGGGUAAUAUUCUUCUAUCUGGGUGAAAAUUUUAAAGAAAAAUUCCUUUCCUUCCAUCUUCCUCCUUUUCCUCCUUUCUCUCUUCUUUCUUUCUUACAUUCCUCCCUUCUUCCUUUCUUCUUUUCCUACACUGAAAUAUUUUAGGUAUAUCAAAAGUCAACUAAAGAUCUCUUACUAAAUCUAGAAAUGAUUUAAUUUUGCUGCUUAAUUCCAUGGCAUUCCUCUCAAGUGAACAUGGAAAAAAUAAUUGCCACGAGCUCCAGAAAGUCUGCAUUACAGUAUUUCAAUUAUUUAAAAAUAAAUCCAUCAGAAAUAAAGGAUGCAAAUAAUAUAUUUUAAGAGGAAUUUUUAAAACUUUAAAAAAAGUCUUAGUGAAUUUUAAGAAAUUGUAGUGAAGUAGAUAUUCAUAUAUUGCUUUUGGAUAUUUUGAGUUGAAUACCAAGGUAGGAGUUACCAACAUUCAGUAUUUCAAAACUUGAAACCUAGAUGUAGAAAGUAGAUCCUCAGAGAGUGGUCUAUAGAGGCGGGGAAG